GGACGGACCUUGGAAUUGUUUGUUUUUCAGGGCUGGAGUAAUAGUACAAUUUGUGGUUUUGUGGCUUGCUCGUGUUGUGGUUGGUCACAACACAAUAAAUAUUCCUGAGAUAUUCAAGGUUUUUACAGCCUUCUGGAUUGUAGAUACUUCAGGUGCAUUUUGCAGGUCUAUCGUUGUUUAAGCCGCGAAGAAAACUUUCACUGCAGUAUGGAUCUGAUAUCUUGUGCAGUUUUGGCUCUUAAAUUUGGAGCUGAUGUAGUCUGGAGAAUGCAGCGAAAAGAGUGGUUAAAAAAGCUCAAAGAAGGCGAAUCUAUUGUAGACGGAAGCUUUCUUCAGCUUUUUUUGACUGAAACAGACCAGUUGGAGUUGAAACUUGACCAAAUUUCACGAAAGGAACUGGGUGCAAGUAGAGUCUCCUACAAGGAAGGCCUAACUAUCGUUAACGAAGUUUUAAACAAAAUUGGAAAGAUUGGAGAGGACGAAACUCCCGCUGCAACAAUGACAGUCUCUGGGAAGUCGACGUUCUACGCCGUGAACACAGUAGUGGAUAUUGUGGACUCCAUGACUGGCAAUUUGAAAUCGCUCAAAGUAACCGACUUGGAUGAAAAAGAUCGCAAAUUAGUUGACGAGGCAAAAGAGGCUUUCGGCAAAGCCUCGACAGAAGCAAGCAAAGCUUUCAGCAAUCCUUCACUAAAAGCGACUCAGCGUGUUCACGCCAUGUCCAUUUGCAUCAUGGCAAAAAUACUGAAGCAUAUGGAUGACCCCGUCAUUGCAUUACCUUCAUGCAAAUCAUAUCUCAACGAGUUAUAUUCCUUGCAACAAAUCCAGGAUUCCUUUUGUUCACUGGUAACAGGUAAAGGAUCUGUCGAUAAAGAAAUUGUGCGGGAUGUCUGCUACUUAAAUCGUCUGCUCUUCGAAGUUAUCCAUCGGGUUUCGGAAAAGGAGGGUUUUUGGAGUUGGCCUCCUAUCAUCAUCCGCAAAGACGACAAAAUUAUUUACCGACUGGAUCCACUAAGAGAUGUUAGAGUGACUAAAGUGCUUUGUAGUAAGAGCAGGAAAAAAGACGUUCUGUCAAACGUUACUGAAGUGACUGUAGCAUGGUCAUUUGGAGCCGAGGAGCCUGACACAAAGCUUAUUUCCCCACAAGAUGUUACUACAGACCACCAUGGACAUUUUAUUGUGGCGGACAACGGCGAUCGCUGCAUUAAAGUGUUCAAUAAUAGCGGGAAGUUCGUGAAGUCUUUUUCUCCUCUUCCCCGCCAUCAGGUCGAUGAAGAAAUAUGUAGCGUGGUUACUGACCGUGAAGACAAUAUAUUCGUACUGACUAAGAUAGACAAGUAUCACCAUAAAGUAGACUUGUUCGACAAAGACGGGAAACUGCUGAAGAGAUUUCCACUAGAGGAAGGUCUUGUUAGCUGCUCACCAGUCAUAAACGACAGCAAUGAGCUUUUUGUCGUGAUAGAAAACCAAAAGAAUGAUUCAAAACAUUCCACAGUUUAUGCGUACAGGAGUGAUGGAAAGUCUAUAAACCACAAGGGCUUUGGACAAGAUAUUCUAAUGGAACCAAUGGACAUGACCGUUGCUAGUGGAGGUCUUUUAAUGGUAUUAAAUAGAGAUGGACAUGUAGUAACAUUCGAUAAAGACGGAAAACACCUUCCAGAACGUGAUUUCUAUCACAAGGGCGACUCUCCUGCCAACGCUUUAGCGUUUCAUUCGGAGAGUGAACAUGUUGUCAUCUCCAGCCUAGGACCGGGAUUUUUUGUGAAUAUAUCAAUCUACGAUAAACGUCGCACCUGCGUGCACAACAUUUACCAGGGUGGAGAACAGAUGACCAAAAAAGAGCAGAGAGAAUGUGUUCCUCCAAAGAUUGCGUUGACCAAAGAUGGAAACAUAGCCGUACUUGCUGGGAGUGUAGGCGAGUGCAAGGUUGUUGUUCUGUAA